AUGCCUUCCAACAUGUUUCAGUACAGACCUCUCGAGCACCUAGAUUCUUUCCGACUCCUUCAUCUGGAGCCUAGUCUCAACCACAGCGCAGAUCUCAAGGGCUCGUUACAUCACGCUACACUCUCGGAUUGUGACUAUGACCUGAUCGAACCUUAUACUGCUUUGUCCUACGUCUGGGGUGAUGCAAGCCAGAGGGGCGCGAUACACCUAGGUGGUAGCGCCAAGGAGAUCACUGCCAGCCUUGACGCUGCUCUCCGAGACAUGCGCGACAAGAGCCGAGUUUGUCGGAUAUGGGCAGAUGCUUUGUGCAUCGAUCAGUCAAAUAAUGCUGAAAAGGGUGUGCAAGUCGCGCUCAUGGGUAGGAUAUACUCUACUGCGCAUCAUACUGUAAUUCAUCUCGGCCAGUCGCCCCCAGGAUUUGAGAAAUUGUUCAUAAAUCUCAAGAUUCAGAGUCAGACCACGAUGCAUGGUAACACGUCAGACCUUGGGCAGCUUUCAUUGGCAGCGGAUGAGAUCGACGGUAUGCGACGCGACCUACUAUCAAAGCCAUGGUUCCGUAGAGUCUGGGUUUUCCAGGAGCUCGUGCUUUCCACAGAUGUCUGGGUUCAAUGCGAUAACCUGCGAAUCCGGUGGCACCACUUCUGCAAGGUUGUCGACACCAAGAAUGUCGUCGCGGCCAUGUUACUUGACACGCUCUCUGAUAGCAUCGCUCAGCAGGGCCAGCCUCGAAACGCAACUCCCUUGGAGGACAUGAACAGUAGACGAUACGGUGCGUUUGAAGCACCACUAUCUUCGCUUCUUUCCUGUCGGAGAGGGAUCGGGGCCACUGACCCUCGAGAUAUCGUAUUCGGUCACUUGGGUGUUGUUUCAGAUCGAGAUAGGUGUGAUAGGUUUAUCAAGGUCGACUACGAUAGAGACCUUGCGCGCGUGUCGGUUGAUGCUGCUCGGUAUUUCUUGGAUGCCACAGGUAUCGAGAGUCUCCUCUCGCAUGCUAUGAACCCUUCUCCCAUUACCGCCCCCGGAAUCCCGUCUUGGUGUCCUCGUUGGUCUAGGUCGCAGCUCUCUUGGGAGACCAUACACAAAGUGGGUAGGAAAUUCGGUGGUGGUGAUGAUAGCUCCUAUGUCUCCUUUGGAGGCACUCAUCACAUAUUGCUAUCCGCACCACCAGUCCUAGCCAUUAGCGGAUUCGAGGUGACCAGGUUCAAGGCGACAAGUCAUGCAUUUCCAAGCUGUGGCGAUGAAGCUAGGGCUCAAGAGGAGUCCAAGGCUGUGGCCCUCGAGCUGCUCCAAGACAUAAGGUAA